AAGGUCAACAGUGGCGUAGUCGUAAAUCCAGCAAACUUCUUUUUUCCUCCUCGCCGGCGGCAAAGUUGCCGUCGUUGUUUCUCUUCACUCCCAAUCGCCACCUACGAUGCAGUUCCGCCAUCGGAUCAAAGCAACCCCUUCUUCCGUCGCGGAGUUCCCCCUCUUCGGUAACCUCUCCAGCUCCAGUUUCUGCUACGAACCGUUCUGAUCCGGAGAAGAAGAAGCAUCAGAUCCGAGCGGCGACGCUUCUGAGCUUGGGAAGCCGUCGUCAACUGGAGAGAUUCAUUCGGAGACAGUACUGCUGGGUGGAUUUGCCAAUGCUAUCACUCGAAGAUCUUGAAAGCAAUGAUGAUGGAACCCGUGGAUUUGAAGCUCUAGUUGUGAAUGAUCCUUCCCUGGAUGAGUUUCUUCAAAUUGCACGAUGCAUUGCGCUGGAUUGUCCUUCCUUCCAGCAGUGUUGACGUGCUGGUACAGAGGCUGGAGGAAUGAACCCAAUGCAAGUAGUAGGAGGAGUUGGUUUCCAGAAUCGCCCGUCUUUGAGAUCCCAAAGGAACUUGAUCCUGUGGUGUGGUGGGAAGGAUCGAUCAUCUUGGAAUGUUGGCAAACCUGACGGAAGUCCUGAAGCCUUCUUUGAACCGGCUCGUGCGUACUUCAUCACACUAGGGAAUAUAUGAAACACGGUAAAAAGUGCUUAUAGUAUCGGGUUAUAAACUUGGUCUCCUAUGUUAUUGUUUCCCCACAAUGGACGCUUAUCGCUCAGAGCCCAAAGCUUUUCCAUCAAUUCCAAUAUACGGUUCGAUUAUAAAAAUUUAGUAAUAUUGUUUGUUCACCACUAAUUUUUUCUUAUUGAUAUCAACUUGUGUUACUAAUCAAACGUGUCUAUUUUAGUCCAAACAGAAAAGUAAUAUCCAGUAAACUAUGGAGUUAAUUGGAUAUUGGUUUGAAUUGUUCUUCUAAUUUUGGAUUAUAUAAUCACAAUUAGUGAUUCUGGGACGAAAAUGAUAUCUUGAGAGACUUGGGGGUUGCGAGAGUUAAUAGAUACUCUUGAAGGAGAGAGUGUACGUGGAGUGCGAGAGACAGUGAGUGAUUAGGGGCCACGAAUUGGCGCGAAUUCCACGGGGAUCAAAGAAGAAACCCACCGAAGUCGAAGGAUGAACAACAAUGUCACACUCUCUCUCUCUCUCUCUUAUUUUUUUUUUGUUUACUCAUUCCUACAGUCGCUCCUUCGCUUCUUUUCUUCUUCUCUCCUUAUUUUUUUCCGAUCUCGCUUCCUCCCAGUUUCAUUGUUCUAUUUCAGUUUAUGGUGGAUCCCAUCAUUUUUUUUUGUUCUCUGUGGUGGUGAUCUUAUUCCUCUGAACGUCUUUAGAUUGUGGUAAUAUAUCGGUGAUUUGAUUUUGUUUUGUCGGAAACUGUAAUCGUUUUGUCCGAAUCCCUCUCCGGUGUGUCUGUUUGUCUCGAAAUCUACAGAUUCUAUAGGUUUCUUGCGUAACACGUCACUAUACUGUGGGAAAAUGUCCCAAAAAGGGGAUCUCCUUCACUUGUCAUCAUUGUGAAGAAGAAACGACUGACCAAUAUUGAACAAUGGGAACUCCAGUAAAUAUUAUUGUAGGUUCUCAUGUUUGGGUUGAAGACUCAGACGUGGCUUGGAUUGAUGGUGAGGUUGAAAAACUCACUGGACAAGAAGUUGUGAUCCAAGCCACAACUGGAAAGACGAUCACUGCAAAGUUGUCAAAGAUAUACCCAAAGGAUGUGGAAGCUCCUGCAGGUGGUGUUGAUGACAUGACAAAGCUGUCUUACCUGCACGAACCUGGUGUCCUUCAGAACUUAAAGAUCAGAUAUGAACUUAAUGAGAUCUAUACAUACACAGGAAACAUCCUUAUAGCCAUUAAUCCUUUUCAACGGUUGCCUCACAUCUACGAUGCCCAUAUGAUGCAACAAUACAAAGGAGCACCUUUUGGAGAACUAAAUCCUCAUGUUUUUGCUGUCGCUGAUGUUGCAUACAGGGCCAUGAUUAAUGAAGGGAAGAGCAAUUCGAUUCUUGUAAGUGGUGAGAGCGGAGCUGGAAAAACUGAAACCACUAAGAUGCUUAUGAGAUACCUUGCGUAUUUAGGAGGUCGAGCAGUUACAGAAGGAAGGACUGUUGAGCAACAAGUUCUUGAAUCAAAUCCUGUCCUUGAAGCCUUUGGUAAUGCAAAAACUGUGAGGAAUAACAACUCAAGUCGCUUUGGUAAAUUUGUUGAAAUUCAAUUUGAUAAGCAAGGAAGAAUAUCUGGAGCUGCCAUAAGGACCUAUCUUCUAGAGAGGUCUCGUGUGUGUCAAAUCUCUGAUCCGGAGCGCAAUUACCACUGCUUCUAUCUUCUUUGUGCAGCACCCCAGGAGGAAAUUGAAAAGUACAAGCUAGGCCAUCCAAAGACCUUUCAUUAUCUGAACCAGUCUAAGUGCUACGAGCUUGUCGGUAUAAGCGAUGCUCAUGAUUAUCUUGCCACAAGGAGAGCUAUGGAUAUUGUCGGAAUUAGCGAAAAGGAACAGGUCAGUUUGUGUAAGCAGCUAUUGAAUGUAAAUUUUGUUUUCUGCAGUUUUAUAUUGACGGUGAGCUUCUCCCUUUAUCUAUAUCAACAGGAAGCAAUUUUCAGGGUGGUUGCUGCAAUUCUUCAUAUUGGAAACAUCGAGUUUACUAAGGGAAAGGAAGUGGAUUCAUCUGUUCCUAAGGAUGAUAAGGCGAAGUUUCAUCUUAAGACAGCAGCGGAACUUCUCAUGUGUGAUUUAAAAGCUCUUGAAGAUGCAUUAUGUAAACGUGUUAUGGUCACACCCGAGGAAGUUAUCAAGAGAAGUCUCGAUCCAGAGAGUGCUGUUACCAGCAGGGAUGGUCUCGCUAAGACAGUCUACUCUCGAUUGUUCGAUUGGUUGGUAAAUAAGAUUAAUAACUCGAUUGGACAAGAUGCCAAUUCAAAAUGUCUAAUUGGAGUUUUGGACAUUUACGGAUUUGAGAGCUUCAAAACUAACAGUUUUGAACAGUUCUGUAUCAAUUUCACUAAUGAGAAGUUGCAGCAACAUUUCAAUCAGCACGUUUUCAAGAUGGAACAGGAAGAGUACACAAAAGAGGCAAUAGAUUGGAGCUACAUUGAAUUUGUGGACAACAAAGAUGUUCUUGAUCUUAUAGAAAAGAAGCCUGGUGGAAUCAUUGCUCUCCUCGAUGAAGCUUGUAUGUUUCCAAAAUCAACCCACGAAACAUUUGCAAACAAGCUAUAUCAGACUUUUAAGGCUCACAAGAGGUUCAUCAAACCAAAACUCUCUCGAACAGAUUUUACCGUUGCUCAUUAUGCUGGAGAAGUUCUAUAUCAGUCUGAUCUAUUUCUGGAUAAAAACAAGGAUUAUGUGAUCCCUGAACACCAAGAUUUGUUGGGAGCUUCAAAAUGCCCUUUUGUCGUGGGUCUUUUCCCUCCACUCCCUGAAGAAACAUCUAAAUCUUCAAAGUUUUCAUCUAUUGGUUCUCGUUUCAAGCUGCAACUCCAGCAACUGAUGGAAACAUUAAAUUCUACCGAGCCUCAUUACAUCAGAUGUGUGAAGCCUAACAAUCUCUUAAAACCUGCCGUAUUUGAGAAUGUGAACAUCAUGCAGCAGCUGCGUUGUGGUGGUGUUUUAGAGGCGAUCAGAAUUAGUUGCGCAGGGUAUCCAACACGUAAACCUUUCUUUGAGUUUGUCAACCGCUUCGGACUUCUAUGUCCUUCGGCUUUAGAAGGGAGCUACGAUGAGAAAGUCGUGUGUAAAAAGAUAUUGGACAGCAUGGGACUUAAAGGAUACCAGAUUGGUAAAACAAAGAUCUUCUUGAGGGCUGGUCAGAUGGCUGAACUCGACGCUAGGAGGACAGAAGUGCUUAGUGGUGCUGCAAAAAAAAUUCAGAGACGAACAAGAACUCAUCAAGCUCAGAAACGGUUUACUGUUCUGAGAAAGGCCACAAUAUCUCUACAAGCUCUAUGUAGAGGAAGACUUUCCUGCAAAGUUUACGAGAAUUUGAGACGAGAAGCUGCUGCUGUGAAGAUUCAGAAGAAUGGUCGGAGAUAUUACUCUAGAAAAUCUUACAAAAAGCUCCAUGUGUCCGCGCUUGCUUUACAGACUGGUCUAAGAGCAAUGGCUGCUCGUAAAGAAUUCAGAUUCAGGAAGCAAACAAAGGCUGCCACAAUUGUUCAGGCUCAGUGGCGUUGUCACAGAGCAACCACGUACUACAAGAAGCUUAAAAAUGGAGUGAUCAUAUCUCAGACACGAUGGAGAGGCAGACUUGCUAGGAGAGAACUUAGGAAGCUCAAAAUGGCUUCAAGGGAAACAGGAGCACUUAAGGAGGCAAAAGAUAUGCUUGAAAAGAAAGUUGAGGAACUCACAUACCGUGUCCAGUUGGAGAAACGUCUGAGGGCUGAUUUAGAAGAAGCAAAGACUCAGGAGCAAGCGAAACUUCAGAGUUCCUUGGAGGAAAUGCGGAAGAAAGUGGAAGAAGCAAAUGCAUUGCUUGUGAAGGAACGUGAAGCUGCAAAGAAAGCCGCUGAGGAAGCUCCUCCUGUUAUACAAGAAACACAAGUCUUGGUUGAAGAUACAAAGAAGAUCGAACUGAUGACAGAGGAAUUAGAGAGUGUAAAGGCUACUCUAGAAAACGAAAAACAGAGGGCUGAUGAGGCAGUGAAGAAAUUCGAAGAAGCUCAAGAGUCUCUCGAAGACAGAAUAAAGAAACUGGAAGAGUCAGAGAAGAAAGGCCAGCAACUCCAAGAAUCCCUGACAAGGAUGGAGGAAAAGUGCACCAACUUGGAAUCGGAGAAUAAAGUCUUACGGCAACAGGCUGUAUCCAUGGCACCGAAUAAAUUUCUCUCUGGCCGCUCCAGGUCCAUUUUACAGAGAGGUUCUGAGAGUGGUCAUCUAGCAGUGGAUGCGAGGUCAAGCUUGGAUCUGCAUAGCCAUUCAAUAAACCAUAGGGAUUCCUCUGAAGUGGAUGAUAAACCACAAAAAUCAUUAAACGAGAAGCAGCAAGAAAAUCAUGAGCUACUUAUCCGCUGCAUUGUCCAACCCUUGGGUUUCAAGGGGAACCGACCUAUCACAGCAUGUAUCAUAUAUAAAUGCCUACUUCAAUGGAGGUCAUUUGAAGUUGAACGAACCAGUGUCUUUGAUCGCAUUAUUCAGACAAUAGGCCAUGCUAUUGAGACUCAAGAUAACAACAAUACAUUGGCCUAUUGGUUAUCCAAUGCCUCGACACUCCUCUUACUCCUCCAACGCACACUCAAAGCUAGUGGUGCAGCUGGGAUGGCUCCACAGCGGCGCCGUUCAUCUUCUGCCACUCUAUUUGGAAGGAUGACUCAGAGCUUCCGUGGAGCACCUCCAGGUGUAAAUCUAGCCAUGAUAAACGGUGCUGCGGGAGGUGGAGCGGAUACCUUAAGACAAGUCGAAGCAAAAUACCCGGCGUUACUGUUUAAGCAGCAGCUCACAGCUUAUGUUGAAAAGAUAUACGGAAUGAUUAGAGACAACUUGAAGAAGGAGAUUUCUCCACUCCUUGGACUGUGCAUUCAGGCGCCAAGAACAUCGAGAGCGAGUCUAGUGAAAGGAGCAUCUCGUUCAGUGGCCAACACUGCAGGCCAGCAAGCACUGAUCGCCCACUGGCAAGGAAUAGUGAAGAGCCUUACAAACUUCCUCAACACUCUGAAAUCAAACAAUGUUCCUUCAUUCUUGGUGCGCAAGGUGUUCACGCAGAUAUUCUCGUUCAUCAAUGUUCAACUCUUUAACAGUCUUUUGUUGAGACGUGAGUGUUGUUCAUUUAGCAAUGGCGAGUAUGUCAAAGCUGGCUUGUCUGAAUUGGAACACUGGUGUUUUAAGGCAACAGAUGAGUAUGCUGGUUCUUCCUGGGAUGAGCUUAAGCAUAUAAGACAGGCCAUUGGGUUUCUGGUCAUACACCAAAAACCUAAGAAAACUCUCGAUGAGAUCAGUCAUGAUCUUUGCCCAGUACUGAGCAUACAACAGCUAUACAGGAUCAGUACAAUGUACUGGGACGACAAAUACGGCACACACAGCGUCUCUCCGGACGUUAUAGCAAAUAUGAGGGUGCUAAUGACAGAAGAUUCGAAUAAUGCUGUUAGCAACUCCUUCCUUUUGGAUGACGACUCGAGCAUUCCAUUCUCUGUGGAUGAUUUAUCAAAGUCAAUGGAGAGAUUUGAUAUUGCUGAUAUCGAGCCACCGCCUUUGAUCCGGGAGAAUUCUGGAUUUAGCUUUUUAUUGCCAGUAGCUGAGUGAUCCUUGCAUCUCCCCUCGUCUUCUAGUGUCUUCCUCUUUCACCAACUCGGAUUGCUUGUAACGCAAGUAAUCGCGCAUUUUAUUAUACAUUUUGAAAUUACGGAUAAAAAAGAACUCUUGUGUUUAAGAUUUGAUUACAUCCGCCUUGAACUAUAUUCUCUUACAAACUCGAAUACUAUGUUUUGAUUAAUAGAUCGUCUUUAAUAAUUGUGAA